CUGAACUUGAAAAUGGUCUUAAAGAAGAAAAAAGAGAUCAAAGUUGACGUCCUGACACUUGAUGGAGCCAGCCUUGAGAAUCUUAAAAAUUUUACAGAUGGCGAGGCAGAAGGUUUGCCUUCUCUUCUUCUUCAGUGUUUACAGUUACAGGAUGGAGUUCAGCAAAUCCACUGCAUCAAAAAGGUGAUGCCUCUCUUGGAAAACCUGCCUAGCAGUUCUGCCGGAACGAAGGAGCUCUGCUGCUCUAUGAGUGUUCUGGCUGAAAUGUACUUUGCAGUUGACAACAAGAAUCCACUGAAAAAGGUCUUGGCAAGUGCAUUAAACAGCAUUCCUGAUGCAUGUAAGAGCGAUGUGAUCUGUGCUUUCACCAGCUGCCUAAAGAAGGAUAUUGCAGUUGAAGAUACAAAAGGCUUUAGGAAAGUGGUGGACAAUAUGGCAUCAUGUAUGGAGAACAGCAUUGGCCAUGAAUGUUUUUCUUGUUUAUUUUUCACAGCCCUUCAGUUCCUGUUUAAAGUUUUACAUUCAUUUCAAAGUCAAAACAAGAAGGUCCUGGGCGAUGGGCUUGCUCAGACGCAGCUCAUGCAUGAUCUGUUGACAUCAGUCAAAUUGGCUAUGGUUCUACUCCAGAAGUCCCCUGAGGCUGUUCAGGAGCUUCACGGAUCGGACGCUCAGUCUCUGUUAUGGAAAGAAAUGUGUGACCUGCUCUGCUGCUUCACUAACAUAUUGCUGGAUGAUGACCUUUUACAAAAUGUUCACAGCACUUCGGGGAUGGCUGUCAUCCUUUACCUAAAGACCAUGGUUCGGAACAGUGAAAAACUUAGCAAACUUGUGAAUGACUUGAUCCUCCUGUCUGUGGAUUCCUCUGAUGCUCCGAAUUGGUUUAUCUACUGCUGUGGUGCGCUGUGUAAGGACCCUCCAGACACCGUGCUGCUCUUCCUGUGUCAGGGGGCCCUGGCUAUGCUGGAGUGGAGAGAUGAUCUAGGCCCGGGAGGGGAGAUGCUACUUCUAAACCUGCUUAGAGUUCUGUUGUCUCUAAGUUCACGCCUGCGGGAGUCCAGCACGGCCUUGUAUCUGUCCCGAAUCUUAGCCCUGUGGACAACCUCAGCCCUGGGCUCUUUCCACUCCUGUUCUAAGGACCUACAAGACUGUUUCAAUGGCAGCUCAAGUACCAUGUGCAGCCUUCUAGAAUAUGUGUACAUAAAUUGGGAACAUCCCUUGGAUGCUGUGAGACAUCAAACCAAGCAGAUCUUCAGGAACAUCCUCCAAAUCCACCACACAGCUAUGAUGGUGAUACCCAGCAGAGAAGUAGACCCGUUUCUUUGUCAGCUUACUCAUAAAUUACUGAGUCUGGAGUGGCACUCAAAAGGGAAGUACGCCUCGUUGGCCUGUCUUGUGGAAUGUGUUGGGACCGAGCAGAUCUUGUCUGUAGAUCAUAUGAUCCCAGAACAGAUCCUGGAUGUCAUGUGGGACCAAUCUUUUGCUCCGUAUGCCGCUAACCUCUUGGAAGCCAUGUUUGUCAACCACAAAAAGCAACUUCUGGCCUCUAAACAAAGUUGUUGGAUCGAGCGCUGGCACAGUGUCUGGGUCUCCCCUCUUCUUAGACGCCUCUGUGAGGAAGAUGUUACUCGGACUACAUACAUCAUUGAUUAUUAUUUGCCUAAGUUGCUCAAAUGUAACCCUGAGAGUUUAACCUUCAUGAUAGUCCAUCUGCAGUCCUCUGCAGCCAUCAGUGUUGGAUCUGGCAGUAAUCGAGGGGCUCUGGGAGCUCUUAUGGCAUGUCUGAGGACAGCCCGGGCACAUGGACACCUUAGAUUUACAGAAAAUUAUGCCUGGAAUGGUCGGGUCUCUACUGGUUUGAUAAAACAAGGCCUUGUCCAUAGGCAUGAUCAGAUCCGUAUGGACGCCCUAGGCCUCCUCUGCGAGAGUCACUGGAGCACCGAAGUCGUUUCUGUGGAUGAAAUGAACCUAGUUCGCUUCUUUCUCAAGUAUAACUUGAACUGCCAGUCUCCAUCCGUGAGACAGCAGAUGUGUUACCUAAUCAAGAAGCUCUUUUGCCGUGUACAAGAAAGUUCACAGGUUCUAUAUAAGCAUCAGCAGAGUAAAAACUUCAAAGUGUCCCAACAUGCAGAAAAUGAAGUGGAUCCCUGUACAGCACUCAGGCACUAUGCAGAAUUCAUGUCCUCUAUAACGGGUUAUCUUUUCGAGUCCCUUUUUCCUGGUUCAUCACAUCCUACAAGGUUUUCAGCCUUGACAAUAUUAGGCUCCAUUGCGGAAACAUUCCCAGAUGUUCAAGGCUCUUGUCAGAACGUAUUUCAGUUCGCUCGGUCGGUCAGCGGUAACAAUGUGCACGCUCUCCUAGAGUGCUUCAGUAACACCUUUGAGGAAGUGAAACUCCUUGCCUUUGAACUUCUGAGAAAGCUGCCCCCAUCUGUUCUGGGCCUCCAGGACCCGGAGAAAUUGCUCGAGUUGUUCCAGGCAGUGAUGAUUCUGAGCACAAGUACUAAACACUUUGGCUGUGUAACUGCAUCCUACUUGCUGAAGUUCUUGGUAUAUCAGGAGGGUUUGGAGGCUGCUUUGCGUGACUGGGCACAAAGUGAGCGGAAUGUACCAGACUAUCAAACAUUCCAUAUUGAUAGCACCAGUUUCUUGGAGAGGAACACCUUCACUGUGGCCAGACUGCUGAUGGACAACCUUGAGCAGGAAAUUGUACUGGCACAGAGUUCCUUGCUGGAAGCAGCAGCCUCGUUCCCUUUGUAUGGCCGUGUGCACUGUGUCAUUGGGGCAUUGGAGCAGUUACCUGUGGGGAGCCUCUUGGCGGUCGAGGAAUGGAGAAAUUUGGUAUCUCGGCUGAUUACAAUGUCUUACCGGCUGUCUGCCAUUGUCUCACCUGUUGUUCACAGUUCUUCUCCUGAAGGUCUGAUGCCAAUGGAUACUGAAUCAGAAGCCGCGGCUCAGUUGCACAUGAUAAUGAGUGAGAUCAAACCACGGGACACAAAUGAUUACUUCACGCAGCCAAGAAUAUUACAGAAAGACUAUGACCUACAUUCCCAGGCCCUCCCCGAAGACCGUGUACCGUCCAAUACCCUCUGUGCCGAAAUGAAAGGCAAUGAAGGCGCCUCCUGCAACGUCACCGCGCAGAUGGUCCUUGUAUGCUGCUGGCGAAGUAUGAAGGAAGUCUCCUUAUUGUUGGGUUUCCUGUGCCAGAAUCUUCCACUGCAGACUCAGCUGGACAGUCCUCGGGGCCUUAUUACUGUGGAACAGGUUAAAGAGAUGGGGGAAUAUUUCAAGCACCACUUGCUGCAGUCCAGACACAGAGGGGCUUUUGAGCUGGCAUACGUUGGGUUUGUGAAGCUCACAGACAUGCUGAUUGGAUGCAAGGAGGAGAGCUUGCGCAGCUUACCACGCCAAUGGUUAUGCAACGUCUUGGAGGAAAUUAAAUCUAGCGAUCCAUCUUCUAGGCUCUGUGCAACCAGACGCAGUGCUGGAAUUCCAUUUUACAUACAGGCCCUCUUGGCAUCAGAACCCAAGAACAGUAAAGCAUGCCUCUUGAAGAUGACUAUGAAAGAAUUAAUAAACUUGGCUAUGCCUUCGAGUGACCUGUCUGGAAAUAACAGCACAAUCCCGCAGGUGCAUGCUUUAAAUAUUUUACGGGCUAUUUUCCGGGAUACUCGUCUGGGUGAAAAUGUCAUUCCUUAUGUAGGAGAAGGAACACAAGCUGCAAUCCUUGGAUUUACCUCUCCAGUUUGGGCUGUGAGAAAUUCUUCCACACUUCUCUUCAGCACGCUGAUUACACGAAUAUUUGGAGUCAAAAGAGGAAAAGAUGAACGCUCCAAGAAAAACAGAAUGACGGGGAGAGAAUUCUUCUCAAGAUUUCCUGUUCUUUAUCCCUUUCUUCUGGAAAAACUAGAAGCUGUUGCCAAUACAGUUGACAGUCCCACAGGAGAGUCAAAGCUUCACCCUAGUCUGUACCUUCUGCUGCUUAUCCUUAGUAAGCUGUACCCCUCUCCAAUGGAUGGCACCUACUCGGCCCUCAGCAUGGCACCUUUCAUCCCCUUCAUCAUGAGAUGUGCCAAUUCACCAGUUUACCGUUCACGGGAGAUGGCAGCACGCGCCCUUGUUCCUUUUCUUCUGGCAGAUGACAUUCCUUGCACUACAGUGGAAUUAAUAAGGAGCCUUCCAGAUUCCGUUAGCCAUCUUGUACGGCAGAACCACAUCCAUGGAGUACUGCUACAAGUUUUAUACUUGCUCCAGUCCUUCUUCGAGGCAAAACACACAACUAAUUCAGAGAAAAUUCAGCAGGAGGUGUGUGACAUCACCGACAGCUUGAAAGCCAAACUGUGGCUGGCCAAGAGGCAAAAUCCGUGUUUGGUAACCAGAGCGGCUUUUAUCGACAUCCUGACUACCAUCAGCAAUUAUCUCGGAAAAGCCGGGAAUCAAGGUACGCAAAGGAACAAAAGGGGAUCCAGUUUUUGGGAUGAUGUGCACAGUGUCAUUAAAGAGUGUGAAUUAUUGGAGGGCUCGCAGUACACAGCCUCUGUCCCCGGACUAGUUCUGUACAUGCAGAGCACUUCUAGGCUGAUAUUAUCCAUGUUGAAUUGGAUUGGAAGUCCAGGUAUUGGUUGGAGGGAUUCUGCCGGGGUCCUGAACCCUUCUUCCUUAGUGCAGAUGAUGCUGGUAUCAGAAUUGUAUGAAGUUCGUUUAUUGGCACUGGAAUUUGUUCUACGGUGCAAAAAGACUAGCCACGGGGGAGCUACAGACUCACUGCUAUGUCCGGCUAUAGAGAAAACUCUAUUUGAAAUGGUGACCAAGGAAAACAAUUUAGAGUGCCUGUGUCAGGUGAUGAGAAUCCUUUAUGAAAUGAAUGUUGAAAAUGUCCUUUUGAUGGCAAAACAGAAUUUCCAAAUGGAACCCAAAGAUUUGCUAAGGAGGAUUAUAAACCUUGUAUCUGCUAAAAGCCACAGUGUGGAAAUCCAGAGCUCAUCGUUAAAACUGUCCUCUCGAUUGGUCAUCAGUCUUGCUGGGAAGGACCAGGAGGCCACUGAGUCAGAGAUGAAGGAUUGGGUGACGCUCAUGGUUCACUGCUGUGGGGAUGAACUCCAGACUGAAGUGAAACUGGCAGCAGCUGAGAUCCUGGUUUAUAUUGCUCCACAUUUGUUGACCAGUCAGCUGCCUCUUCUGGGUGUGUCAGAUACUUUACAGCUAUGGAUGUGCGUAGUGCAGCUGCUGCAAAGUGAGGAUCCAGAUGUCAGAGAUGUGAUUGUGGACAUCAUCCGUGUUUAUCACGCUCAGAAAAACAAACUCUCAGGGACAGGGUUUGCAUUCUCUACUGUCAAUCCUCCGAUGGCAUUGGACCUGACGUUGGGUGUCUUAUGUGAACUUCUGCAGCAGUGGGAUGAAGUCUCAGCCGGUGUCCCUGUCCUCCUUGAGUGGUUAUUAGGAGAAGAUGACCUCAGCGAUCUGGAAACUGCGAAUGCGGUGGAGGACGACUAUCUGUUUGAGAAAGGUGAAGCCAACUUCUGGGCUGAGAAACUUGUGUACAUCAGGCUGCUGGCUAAACAUCUGGGGGAGCUGAUGGACAGAGCGCGUUGCAGCACACUGCCGGAUCCAAAGCUUCUUCACAUAUCUCAAGCAGCUAAUGAGCGAUCAGAGAGCGUCCAAAGCCUUUUCAAUGACUUCCCCCCAACGCCGCAGUUCCUGAAGACCUCCGAAUAUAACAAAUUGCUGAUUCAUAAAGAGAGGACCUCUAGAUGUAUGGAUAUACUGAAUGUAAUGCAAACACGCAGAGGCUCAUGAAAAUGG